AGAAGAAGAAGCAGCAGGAAAGAAAGUAAGUGUAUUACGUCACAUCCGUCAACAGUGGCGCGCUGUUUUCUAAACUUCACUUUUGACUGAUUUACGUCUCAAAGUUUUUUAAAGUGAAGUGGCAACUUUAUGAAAGACGAACAUAUAUAAUUAUGAACCUAAUUCGACGCCCCUGUUCAGAAGACUCCGCUGUGUUCUGUGCGUUUAAGCGCUGAGCAGCACCGGUGGCCGUGUGUCCAUCAUGUCCCAGACCAACACUUCUCUCCUGGAUGAGGUGGCGCAGUGGAGCCAGGAAACCUGUCGCCAGGAGCUCAAGUCUGUCCUGCCAAAACUGACCUCUUUGCAUUGUGAGUCAGACACUUGGGAUGAUCAUUUACGUAUCCUGAAGGUAAUUAUAGACCUGUUCCUCCCGCAUGUUGGUCUGCCAGAGCUAGAAGAUGAGUGUUUUUCCAAGAUCUUACCAAAGGCAGUGGAAAUGUUUAACAGCAUGAUGAAAGAAAUCAUGGAUCAAGUCGGUGGCCUUUCAACUCAAAAUACUGAAAUGUGUGCUUUCCUGAGGAACAUUCUGCAGAUGAUGAUGCAGGUAGUUGAUGCACUUUCUGUAUGUGUGCGUCAUGUUGGCUCAUUUGAAGAAGCACCUCACUUGGAUGCUAUCCACUCACUUCCAACUUGUAUCCUGAAAAUCCUGAGGGAAACUUUUCAACAUUGCAAGGAUAGUGAGCUGGUUUACUGUGACCGUCUGUCCCUGGUGGCAGACCUGCUGCAGGGAUUGUUCAAAGAGGCCUUUUCUCUUCAGAAGAGUCUGUUAGAACUUCUGGACAGGAUCUCUCUGGACAGUAGUGCCUCAGAGGUGGAGGUCUCUGACAUUGUGACAGUGAUUCACGGUCUUCUGGAUAUCUGCUCCAUCAUCUCCAACCUGGACCUGGCACUGCAUGCAAACACGUGGAAGUUCCUCAUCAAACAGAGUCUGAAGUACCAGUCCUUGGUGGAGGAACAUCUACAUCAUGGUGACAUCAUCAACGGCCUGUGUGACAACUUUCUGGCUUCCUUUGACAACUCUGUGGAGCUGGCUGAGCAGAUGCAACGUGCUGAGUUACAGGAAUUGACACAAAGCCCCGAGUACAAGCUGUUCCAGAAACACGCCAAGAUGUGCAGAUUUUUUGCCAACACUGUAGUUCAUUACAUAAAGGAGUUUAAAUAUUUUGUGACAAAGCACUGCAGAAACUUUCAUCAACUUUACCUCCAGAUCAUCAGUAAGUUUCCUCCCAGCAUAAGCGCUCCAGCGCUGCCCUCAGCUCUGGCUGGGGAGCUGAACGCAGCAGCUCUGGUACCCAUGGAUGCUUUCCUCCUCCAGCUGCUGUCUCUGAGGUCCUUUGCUGAAGUUGUGCUCCAGCAUAACCUACGGCUGACUCCUGAACAUGAGCUCCCCCAGUGUGUCCUGCUGGUGAACAUCUUGGGACAACUGGCUGGCCAGUCAGAAGAAGUGCAGCAGCUCUGGUACAGUGGAAGUCAGUUCUCAGAAGACACACCCAGGCUUCCUCUCUACCAGGCCAUCUUUUCUAGUUUCCACCGAUGCUACACUGAGCGUGGGGUACCGGUGCUGCUGCCAGGGGUGAUGCUGAAGGGUCAGGCCCAGGUCCAGGUCACUCUGCACCAACACAUCUGUGUGCAGCUCUGUGCCAGUGUGGCUGUGCUUCCUCCUGUGUACUUUCCUGUGUUUGAGCGGUGUUUGGUUGAUGCGGUGCUGCAGGCUGACACUCAGACAGCUUUACUGGCUACAGAUGUUUGGUGUUUCACAGCACGAUAUGGAACAGCAGAGCUUUGCCUGCAUCAUAUCCUCCUUAUUGCUCAGAUGGUGAAAGCGUGCCCCACUGAGUGUUACCAGUUGUUUCAUCUGGGAAUGCUGCUGAAGCGCAUGGUUUUCCUCAUGACCCCAGUCCACCAGGUGGAGCUGGUGGCACAUUUCCCACCAUCAAAGAUGGAGAAUCUCCCUGUGUGGCAUCAUGUCCUCCUCCGAGCUCUUUCUGAAGACACUCGUCUUCGUGUGGAGGCAGAAAUUACCGAGCUCACUCAAAAGGUUCUAACCGAUUGGCAGGGUGGAGGACACAAGCUGGGACAAAUGGACCAAGUGAACUCGGUGCUGCUGUCCCUCCUAUCGGUGCUUCGAGGGCAACCAUCUCCUGGAGAGCAGUGUGUGCUGUCAGCAGCGAAGAUGGUCACACAGCUGUGGUUACGGAUGAGUCCUGACCAGCUGCAGACUCACCCUGUUCUUCAGCGAACGCUGCAGCUCCUUCUGUCAACAACAGCUGCUUUAGUGAAAAAGGUCCAGCCUCAAGUUGUUUCUCAGGCCUUGUUAUGCCUGGAUGCUGUGGUUUCUCAAAAAUGUGCUGAUUAUCUGCUGCUGGCUGCUCUGGAGUUCCUCUCAUCCCUGGGGAAGAUCUUUAUCCCUCUGGAAACUCAGAGUCAGGUUCUUCCCAGGCUGAGCAGCUUGUUUGGAGUCAUUCUGGCAGACCAGUCCUGGCUGUUGCAGCAGCACGCCCUGGAGGCCUUUUCUUUCUUUGCAGAGAAUACAAACCACGAGGUGGUCAUCUCCCAGAGCUUGUGCGUGGAAGAAACAAAAACCAAAGUGGUCAAUUACCUCAGAAAGACCCUAAUUGCUCAUGAGGAUGCAGAAUCGAGGCUACUGAGGCUCAAACAGGAGGCGGCAGCAAUCCAGCAACACAACCAGAAGCUGGAGAGUAAAGAGACGGUUUCUAACCAACAGGCGGAAGCUGAAGUUAUCACAGGCUCUGAGCCACGUGCAAAGCGAGCGCGACAGGAGGCCAGUGCAGAGGAGGAGUACAGCCGCUACAUCCAAACAGCUCAGAGUGCUCUGAAAGCUCUCCGAGCUCUAGUUGAGAGUGAUGCCGACACGACAGCGUCGCCCCCACCAUGGCUGGAAGAGAGGCUCCAGGAGCUGCAGACUCUCGUAGCCGACAUCAGUUCAGUCAAACACGCACCCUAGCUGCUGCUUUUAACUCUUUUUGUACAGAAAAAAAAAUGAUUAAACUUUUUUCACCUCA